AUGCCUGACAGAUCCACAAAUAUAAUCUUGGACCCCCGUACCAGUGCCCAGGAUGUGAUGCGAUGUGACCUGUGUGAGACCGCUGUGGUACAGAUGCACUGUGAUACAUGUCUUGUUAAUCUAUGUAAGGCCUGUGUCGGAGAACAUAUGAUCUCUGAUGAAUCCAACAGACAUGAAAUUGUUCCAUUCAAGAUUCGAAAAUCCACUCCCCAAUACCCAGGAUGCACAUCUCAUAGAGAACGAUGUGAAAUGUAUUGUAAACAAUGUGACAUUCCUGUUUGCAUCAGUUGUAUUGCAUCUGAUCAACACAAACGUCACAAAUUUUUGAAAAUUCUACAAGUUUUGGAUGAACGAAAAGACAAAAUUAUGAAAGACCUAACUGAAUUAAAUGAAAUAAUUUACCCGACUUACCAGGACAUUGUUUCUGAUGUACAAAACAGAAUGAGUCAGUUAGAAAAGGAAUAUGGAGAUCUCUCAACAGCCAUAACAAAACAUGGAGAGGACUGGCACAGAGAAAUUGACAAACUUGUCAAGAAACUUAAAACUGAAGUUGAUGAGAUGAAAAACACACAGGUAAAAACUCUACAGAAACAUCUGGAUGAAAUAAACAAGAAAAUUUCUAACAUCAAGGAUGAAAUCAAUUCAUUUGAUGUUGCUAUGGAUUCUAAUGACAUGUCAAAACAAUUCAGUGUUACAUCUGAUAUAAACAAACACAGAAAUCUUCCAGAAAAAAUAGUGACCUCUUUACCUAAAUUUACUCCAGGAAGAAUUAAAGGAGAAGAACUUUGGAAGCUGUUUGGAGCUUUAUCGCCAAAUUCUUUAACCUCAGAUAAACAUGGCUACAGCAUGAAGAUGAUGCAGAAAUUACCAGAAGCUGGAUCCUCUCCUCCACCAGUCAAACAGCUGCUUGAGGAAUCAGAGAUUGUCACCAUCAUAAACACUGGGUAUAGCAAGUACCUUUACAAUGUGGCCUGUAUAACUGAUGAAGAAAUCUGGAUAAGUGGAAAUGACGGCACCAUGAAACUCUACAGCAUCAAUCAGGGAUCUCUACUCAACUCAAUCAGAACCAAGUCAAGGAACCCACCAUGUGACAUAGCUGUGACGAAAAGUGGAGAACUAGUUUAUAUUGAUUUCAAGGAUAGAACUGUGAACAUUGUGAAGAAUGAGAAGAUGGAGGAGGUGAUCAGACUACAGAACUGGAGACCUAGCGGUGUCUGUAGUACUUCCUCUGGUGACCUUCUGGUCAUCAUGAACAGUGAUGAUUACAAACAAUCAAAAGCUGUCUGUUAUUCUGGUUCCACAGAAAAACAAACCAUUCAGUUUGAUGUCAAAGGUAAAGCUCUCUAUUCAUCUGGCUCUAAUUACAGAAACAUUACUGAGAACAGGAACCUGGAUAUCUGUGUGUCUGAUGAUGGAGCUAAAGCAGUAGUGGUGGUUAAUCAGGCAGGGAAACUGAGAUUCAGGUACACUGGACAUACUCCUGCUCCAAAGAAUGAACCAUUCAGUCCACGAGGAAUCACCACAGACAGUCAGAGUCACAUCCUUACAGCUGAUAGGAAUAAUGACUGUGUCCACAUCAUAGACCAAGAUGGACAGUUCCUCCACUACAUAGACUGUGGACUGAUUGAUCCCUAUGGACUGUGUACAGAUACAAAUGACAAUCUGUUUGUUGCUCAGUAUGGAAACAAACAAGUGAUGAAAAUCAAAUAUCUAAAGUGAAAUAUAACAUUGUAUCAGUACAAACUUUAGUCAAA